AUGGCCAUGGAGCGAUCAUGCACCCAAUAUUAUCAGCGCAAAGUCUGCUGUAGCAAGACACUACCGUGCACGGCUUGUGUGCGGCUCGGCGCUUCGUGUCGCUACCCCACGACCGAUGCCAAAACUCAUCGGUCUCGGAAGGUCCAGAACGUUACUAUUACCGAUCGAAUUGUUGCUGGUCCCCUGCAAGGUCCUAACAAUCUGAAUACCCGAGUUAUAUCUGUAUUCUUAUUGCCAGAACCAGUACAGUCUUCCAAUCGCCCACAGGAGUUUCUUGUGCCGGAUAGUACCUCUACUUACUAUAUUAGUAAGACAUUCCUGUCACAGAUCCUGGACAAGGAAAAGAGACUGUACAAGGUUAUAGAUACCAUAUAUAAUACCGACAAAAAUAUAUUAUAUUUGGGACCGGAAGAUCUUUUGGCAAGCUCCAAGUACUCUCCGCUGGUAUAUUCAACUAUAAACAGCGAAGGGUCGGACAACUGCAGAGCUCUUCUAUUUGCUAUUUACUUUGCAGCAGUAACUAGUCUUUCGGAGAUCAACACCGCAAAUCUUCUAGAGUACGAUAGACGAUUCUGCUUACUGGAAUUCCAAGCCCGCAUUAAAAAAGUUAUAAUUGAUAUAACUUAUCUAGAAGUACUAUCUAUAUUAUUAGUCUUUUCCAUUGCUGCGUGA